AUGAGCCGGCCGGGCCCCCCCGGCCUCUGGCUGGUGCUGCAGGCGGUGGCGGGCACCUGCCUGGGCAUCAGCUCCAUGGACGCGGAGCGGCCGGGCGAGGGCAGGUGCCAGCCGGUGGAGAUCCCCAUGUGCAAGGACAUCGGCUACAACCUGACCCGCAUGCCCAACCUCAUGGGCCACGAGGACCAGCGGGAGGCGGCCAUCCAGCUGCACGAGUUCGCCCCGCUGGUGGAGUACGGCUGCCACGGCCACCUCCGCUUCUUCCUGUGCUCCCUCUACGCGCCCAUGUGCACCGAGCAGGUCUCGGCCCCCAUCCCCGCCUGCCGGGUCAUGUGCGAGCAGGCCCGCCUCAGGUGCUCGCCCAUCAUGGAGCAGUUCAACUUCAGGUGGCCCGACUCGCUGGACUGCGGCCAGCUGCCCAACAAGAACGACCCCAACUACCUGUGCAUGGAGGCCCCCAACAACGGGUCGGAGGAGCCGGCCCGGGGGCCCGGCCCCUUCGCGCCGGCGGCCCGGCCGCCGAGGCCGCACGGCCCGCCCGACCCGCGGCCCGGGGACGGGGGCCCGGGCCGGCCCGGCUGCCGCGGCCCGGCCAAGUUCCACCUGGUGGAGAAGAGCUCGGCCUGCGCCCCGCUCUGCGACCCCGGGGUGGACGUCUACUGGGGCCGCGACGACAAGCGGUUCGCCGCGGUCUGGCUGGCCGUCUGGUCCGUCCUCUGCUUCUCCUCCAGCGCCUUCACCGUGCUCACCUUCCUGGUCGACCCGGCCCGCUUCCGCUACCCGGAGCGGCCCAUCGUCUUCCUGUCCAUGUGCUACUGCGUCUACUCGGCGGGCUACCUGAUCCGCCUCUUCGCCGGGGCCGAGAGCAUCGCCUGCGACCGGGACGGCGGCCGGCUCUACGUCAUCCAGGAGGGCCUGGAGAGCACCGGCUGCACCGUCGUCUUCCUGGUCCUCUACUACUUCGGGAUGGCCAGCUCGCUCUGGUGGGUGGUCCUGACCCUCACCUGGUUCCUGGCCGCCGGCAAGAAGUGGGGCCACGAGGCCAUCGAGGCCAACAGCAGCUACUUCCACCUGGCCGCCUGGGCCAUCCCCGCCGUGAAGACCAUCGCGAUCCUGGUCAUGAGGAGGGUGGCCGGGGACGAGCUGACGGGCGUCUGCUACGUGGGGAGCAUGGACGUGAACGCCCUCACCGGCUUCGUCCUCGUCCCCCUGGCCUGCUACCUCGUCGUCGGCACUUCUUUCGUCCUGUCCGGCUUCGUGGCCCUCUUCCACAUCAGGAGGGUGAUGAAGACCGGGGGGGAGAACACGGACAAGCUGGAGAAGCUCAUGGUGAGGAUCGGGGUCUUCUCCGUGCUCUACACGGUGCCCGCCACCUGCGUGAUCGCCUGUUACUUCUACGAGCGGCUCAACAUGGAGUACUGGAAAAUCCUGGCCGCCCAGCAGAAGUGCCGCGUCGACAACCGGACCGGGGACCUGGACUGCACCAUGAGCGGCUCCAUCCCGGCGGUGGAGAUCUUCAUGGUCAAGAUAUUUAUGCUGCUCGUGGUGGGCAUCACGAGCGGCAUGUGGAUCUGGACUUCGAAAACCCUGCAGUCCUGGCAGAACGUCUGCAGUCGACGCUUGAAGAAGAGGAGCCGCAGAAAACCCGCCGGCGUGAUCGCCGGCGCCGGGAUCUACAAAAAGCCCCAGCAUCCCCAGAAGGCUCGCCACGGCAAAUACGAAGCAGCCCUCCAGCCGCCCACCUGCGUGUGAAAGGGGGCCGGGCGGACCGCUCUUACGGUCUGAGGGACGUCUUGGAUUGCGGCUAGAGGAGGGGCGGAGGCCGACGCCGGGAGCCGGUGGAAAAUCGGAAGGGCCGGUGGGACGGGGGGAGAGUCUCCGUCCGACGGAGGUCGCCGCGGCCCGUCCGGCCCCCGAUCUGAGGUCCGGUGAUCCUCUCCGCCCUCGGAGGAGAGACCGCUCGGACCGCCCGUCGCGUGGGCGUACGCGUCCGGUCGGCGGCCUGCGCGUGUACGUGCGCGCGUAGAGGUGCCCGCUGCGUACGCACGCCCCGCCGCCCGCCCCGACACGCGGGCGGACGGACGGGGGUGGCCGAGCCGGCUUCGCUCCGCCUUCGACGGGACCGCGAAAGAAUGGUGGACUGAAAGACUCCCUUCUGGGUCAGCAAAAGGAUUGUGUGUGUUAGCAAAUUAACCAUUCCAGAGGCCCGCUCAGUCAGGGUACCGUGUAAGGAACUACUUGUGUGCGAACUUAAAAAGAAAUCCUUUGCAACCCCUCACAGUCUGGUGGACUCGGACUGACUCGAGAUACAUCUGAGUUAGAGCCUUCCCCAGCAUUCGUUGGCUCGAGAAAGAAGCUUCCUCCACCAAACGCAGACUUGGUGAAUACAAAUAAUGUGCAAUACAUUUUUUUUUUCUUACCAUGAAAUAAAAAGAGAAACAAGUAUUUUGCUGUACAUAAAAGGCAACAAAAGAAGUCUCUUAACAAAAGAACUAAGAGGUCUAGCCCUCAGAAACCCUUUAGUGUUACAUCUUGUGGCUUUUUAAUGGAAAUCAAGCCAAUGUUAUACACGUUGGGACUGAUUUGUGGAAAAAAAAAAAAAAAAAAAGAGAGGGGGCUCAUUCAAAGGAACCCAAAGGGCUUAUUGACUCUUUCUAUUGUUAAACAAAUUCUUGUCAUGAAUAGAUCAAGAAGCACUGGAUGUGCUGCAAAGGGAAACUCUGUGUAGGACGAUGCUCUUUACUGUGCUAGAAAAGCCCAGUUUUUAGUCGUGUAUAUUUGUAAUAUACGAUUAUUUUUCAUGUGCCACUAUUUUAUUAAAAUAAAAUAUGUUCUUUAGUUUGGUGA